CGUGGCUCGAGGCUAUCGUCUCUCCUAUGCGCGUGGAAGAAAUAGCAAUUAUGCUUUCUUUUGUAUUUGAUUAUUAUCCGUUAGUGACCCUCACGAUCUCUUUCUCUCUCAUAUAACUCGGAUCACCACAUGACUUGAUCUUCUUGCCGUUACCAAAACCAAAAUCCCUAAAUUUGCCCUCAUUUCCCUCUGAUUAGAUCCCUUACCCCGACAAAGACACCAAAAUUCUUGAGGGCGAGAGAGCUGAUUGAUGUCUUUGGUAUCUGGAGCCAGGGACAUGGGGUUCGACGACAACAACAACAACAAGAACAACAAGGAUGGAGAUGAUGAGAACUCCUCCUCCAGAACAAGAGCCGACGACGAUGCUCUUAGUCGACAGAUGAGCGAAUCUUCUCUUUGUGCUACCGAGGAGGAAGAAGACGACGAUUCCAAAUUGCAAUUGGGUCCUCAGUACACUAUCAAAGAACAUCUCGAGAAGGACAAGGAUGAUGAGAGUCUGAGGAAAUGGAAGGAACAGCUUCUCGGAAGUGUUGAUGUCACCAACAUUGGAGAGACUCUUGAUCCGGAAGUGAGGAUUGAUAGCCUCGCCAUCAUAUCUCCUGGAAGACCCGACAUUGUUCUCUUGGUUCCUGAGAAUGGAAAUCCAAAGGGCAUGUGGUUUACUUUGAAAGAAGGGAGCAAGUACAACUUGAAAUUCACUUUUCAUGUUAACAACAACAUUGUCUCUGGUCUUAGGUACACCAAUACAGUUUGGAAGACCGGUGUCAAAGUGGACAGAGCUAAGGAAAUGCUUGGAACCUUUAGUCCUCAGUUGGAGCCAUACAACCACGUGAUGCCAGAAGAGACCACUCCUUCUGGCAUGUUUGCUCGAGGAUCAUAUUCUGCAAGAACUAAGUUUCUUGAUGAUGAUAAUAAGUGCUACUUGGAGAUCAACUACAGCUUUGACAUCCGUAAAGAAUGGCCUGCGCUUUGAAACUCGGAGAAUGCGAGAGUUGUCUCCUGAGAGAGGAUGUUGUCGGUAGAAGAAAGUUGUGUUUGUUUCACUCCAUAUCUCCGUUUAUUUCGUUGAACAUAUAAUUGUGAAUCGUUUUCUGAUCAUCUUAGAACAAGAACGACAUUUACUUCCUACAUCCUUGAUCUUGAUUUUUCCAGUAAUGUCGUUGGAAAUCAGUAUGUCUGUGUUUGUUCUCAACUCUGUUUCUCCUUCCACGUUAACAUGUGUUUGAUGAUAUGAUUGUGUCAGAUUCUGACAUGUAUAAUGAUUCUCAGUCCAGCUGAAAGUUAAAAAAAGAAGAAGGUUUUGCUUCACAGAAAAUGCAGAGCCUUUCUUUAUUCAUAGAUUUUAUAUGCCUUUAAAGAGAAGCCAACUAUUUUUGAACGCAUCUUACGACACCACCAAGUCUUUUUUGCUA